GUUGAAAGUGUGGAGGGCAUGCCGAUUAACGCGUAUUUUAUGGGCACUCUACAGGAUCCUAGGGACGAAUGUCGAAUGGUUCCGAAUCGAGAUGCCACAAACGUGGAUUUAACCAGUAUUGGUGUGGAGGUGUCCAGUGUGGAUAUGACCUCUAAGUGGGAAGAGCACUUGGAGAACUUGAUUGCUGCUUACGAUAUGAACCAUCAUGACGAGAUACAAAUUAACAGAGCCUCCAUGCCUGAUUUUGACGAAAAGUUGAAGAUUUUCUUCGAAGAGCAUUUGCAUCGUGACCCAGAAGUUCGUUUUGUAAAGUCCGGCACCGGCUUCUUUGAUGUUCGCAGUAUUGAGGAUGAAUGGAUUCGUAUCCCUGUAAAAAGUGGUGAUUUCUUAUUCCUUCCGGCCGGGAUCUACCAUCGUUUCACCACAGAUUGGAAUGAGAAUGUUGUGGCGGUGCGAUUGUUUCGAUCGAGUCCUAAUUGGAAAUCGUAUGCUCGCUGUAAAGAAAGUGAUGCCAUGGAGGAGAGAAGUGACUACCUGAAAAGUAUCGGAGUCGGAAAUCGCCUGUAG